UCUCUCCUCUUUUUUCCAGCCCAGUGCUGUUAUACUGUAUGUCAGAGGAUUUUGAGACUUUUAAGGCUUUUCUUGCGCUCUAUGGAUCCACGUCGCUGGCAUCGGUCCCUCUUCUCCAUCUGUAUACACACACACACACACACACUCACACACUUCGGCUGCAGGCUGCGGUUCGUGACGGUUCAACACCAGCUCGGAGAUUGAACAGCGCUGUUCACAUGAGUGCCUUUCUGAAAAGGAAAACCGGUGUGUUGACUCGUUCCUCCGUCCCUGUGGUCACUGGAAGGCAUGAAUGCUCGCUCUGUAUUGCUCCUGGUCAUGUCCCUGUGUGGCAGUAAUGAAACGUUUCCUUCUCUGCACUCCAGACAGGACUAGAUCCCGUCCGCAGUGCCUGGAUGAAGUUUCCCAGCCAUGCAAUGUUCUUGGAAGGCUGUUAUACUACUAGCCUUGGCCUCCAUUGCCAUCCAGUACAUGGCCAUCAAGACUUUCACAUUCAAGUCUUUCCAACUCUGUCCUGUGCCAAUCCAACAGAACUGCAGCCUGAGCGGACAGGAAGCAGACAGCCUUUUUGAGCGUGGAUGCGAUGAGUAUACUUACUUUAGUUUUAACGCAUCACGCAAGACCCACAUCCUAGUAUUAGCCACCACACGCAGUGGAUCAUCAUUUGUGGGCCAGCUGCUGAAUCAGCACUUGGAUAUCUUUUACUUGUUCGAGCCACUUUACCAUGUCCAAACAGCCUUGAUUCCUCGUCUCUCCCACAGCAGAAAUGCAGCUGAUAGGCGGGUGAUGCUGGGCGCCAGCCGGGACUUGCUGCGGAGCCUAUAUGGAUGUGAUUUGCACUUUCUGGAGAACUACAUCAAGCCCCCACCAACCAACCAUACCACGGACAAGUUGUUUCGUCGCGGGGCCAGUCGAGUGCUCUGUUCCCAGCCUGUCUGUGAUGCCUUCAGUCCUGGUGAGACAAAUGUAGAGGAGGGUGACUGUGUAAAAAAGUGUGUAACCCUCAAUAUGACACUUGCUGCUGAGUCUUGCCGGGAUAAGCGGCAUGUUGCCAUAAAGAUUGUUCGGGUACCUGAAAUAGGGGACCUGCGCGCGCUGGUGGAGGAUCCACGGCUCAACCUGAAAGUUAUUCAGCUGGUUAGAGACCCACGAGGGAUCCUCGCAUCACGUAUCGAGACCUUCCGGGACACGUAUCGUCUGUGGAGAAUCUGGAGGGCAACCGGAAGGAAACCUUACAACCUGGAUUUGACUCAGUUGACAGUAGUGUGUGAGGACUUCUUAAACUCAGUUUCUACAGGACUCAGCCACCCAUACUGGCUUAGGGGGAAAUACAUGCUGGUGCGAUAUGAAGACUUAGCAAGAAACCCUCUUCAGAAAACCAAGGAUAUCUAUGACUUCCUUGGGUUAUCAAUGGACAAAAAUGUAGUGGACUGGAUUCAUGCAAACACCAGGGGAAGUAAUGAGCUCUUGACCAAACACAAGUAUGGGACAGUAAGAGAUUCAGCAGCUAAUGCCGAGAGCUGGAGACUCAAACUGUCCUUUGAUAUGGUAGAAUACACACAGUCUGUGUGCCAAAAGAUAUUACACAGGCUGGGCUAUAAAAGUGUCAAGUCUGCUGAGGAACUCAAAAAUAUGUCCAUCUCGCUUGUGUCUGACAAGGUUUUUGUACCAUUUUUAUAAUAAAGAGAGUUGUCACUGACUAUAUUUUGAUAUAUUUAUAAACGUUGCCUUACAAUUGGUGUUAAAGCUGUUGAGUCCAUCAUCACAUGUUAAAAAUUGCACUAAAAUUGUAUGCAGAGAUUUUUUCCUCUAUAAACAAUAGCACAAAAAAUGCAGAAUGUAAGUCUACUCAUGCAGCCAGAUGAGAUGCUACACUAAAACUAUUGAAAGCAAAAAACGUGACAUUGGUUGUCCUUUUAUGCCUGGUUAUUGCUUUAUCUAAAUGUUUUGAUAAUUUCCGAGUCAUACUUGUAAAAUCUUCCUCAUCUAUCCUCUGGAACGAAUGAUGAGGACUCAAUGUGGCAGAGAUGACACU